UAUACAUGUAUAAAAACACCUUCUUGGUUUUCCAUUUUUAUCGUCGCUCAUAACUGUCUUUCUCUUAGUUUUUACUUUUGCCUGUCAGAUUUCAGAUUCGUUACUCUCCAGACCGGUUCAAUUCCCGGUCGAAUUUACUAACAGCCAUGACACCUGAAUAUGAUUAUUUGUUUAAGCUUUUGCUAAUUGGGGAUUCUGGUGUUGGCAAAUCAUGUCUGCUUUUGAGAUUUGCUGAUGAUUCCUAUCUGGAAAGUUACAUCAGCACAAUUGGAGUUGACUUCAAAAUUCGCACCGUGGAGCAAGAUGGAAAAACCAUUAAACUUCAAAUUUGGGACACUGCAGGGCAAGAGCGGUUCAGGACAAUCACUAGCAGCUACUACCGUGGGGCACAUGGCAUUAUAAUAGUUUAUGACGUGACAGACCAAGAGAGUUUCAACAAUGUUAAGCAAUGGUUAAAUGAAAUUGAUCGAUAUGCAAGUGAAAAUGUUAACAAGCUUCUGGUUGGGAACAAGUCGGACCUCACUGCUAACAAAGUUGUUUCAUAUGAAACAGCUAAGGCAUUUGCAGAUGAAAUUGGUAUUCCCUUCAUGGAAACAAGUGCAAAAAAUGCCAUCAAUGUGGAGCAAGCCUUUAUGGCCAUGGCUGCUGACAUCAAGAACAGGAUGGCAAGUCAACCUGCAGCGAACAAUGCAAGGCCACCCACUGUGCAGAUACGUGGACAGCCUGUUAACCAGAACACUGGCUGCUGCUCUUCCUAGUUUGCAUGGUUUCUCAGUUGUCCUUGAAUAGCAGGCUACCCCCCGUUUUAAACUAUUCAAAAAUGUGCUUUCUCAGUUGUUCCAUAAGAAAUUCAACAAAGUUCCUUGUUAUUACUAGUCUUGAUUCUAUUUGUUAAAUGGCUUGUACAAAAGAUGUGUGGCAUGCAGGUACUAAAUGUUACUGUUAUAUUCUUUCUUCCACGGACUUCCCCAAGUUUUUGAAGCACAAACAAA